CCUAAAGUUACCAAGCUGGAAGAGGACUCCAACUGCAAAGGUCCGUGUUACUGUUUUGGACAGCAGGUGCUUAUCACAGGCAUUGUUUCUGCUGGUACCAGCCCAUCCGCUUUCACCUCCCAAGCUAUGUUGAUCCUAUCCUGUGCUUCCAAGUUGCAGUUGCUGGAGACGCUGCUGAAGAGAAACCUCCCUCAAACAGUUGUGGUCUAUGGUGCAGUCCUGAAUAUAAACCGUGGGAACCCAGUGGGCCAUGAGGUGAUUGUGGAUUCUUGGCCGGAUUUCAAAGCGGUCCUGACUCGUCCAUGGACAGAGGCUGAUACAGACAAUACAGAUUUGUAUAAAAACAUAUAUGCAGCCUUUUACUGGGAUCUUGAUGUGUACCGGAGACUGUUGCUGGACACAGAUGCCGUCAACUGGAAGCAAACUUUUCGUCUCUAUGGGAACCAGAAUGGGAUCUAUGAGGUCUCUGAAAAUGCUGCUGCUGCCAAGAAAAUUCAUCUGACCACAACUCCCCACUUCACCUACCUGAACCCUAACCCAGAUAAAAUGCCUCAGCGCCAGCUAGAUCCCGGCUUCACAAUUUCCGCCUUGAAAAGCUCCCAUGUUGACAUCCUAAAUGAAACAUGGCCCCAUGGGGGCAAUGAACAAAGCCAGCGGUUCCUGGACAACAUGGUGAAGUGCUUCCCCAAUAUCUGCAUCCUGGACAGCAAUGGUCAUCCAAUCAGCUGGGCCCUCACAGAUCCUCUUGGUGCACAAUUACAUGGCUACACCCUUCCACCCUACCGCCGAAGGGGCUACAUAGCUAUAGUGAUAAGGGCACUGUCCAUGCAAAGCUAUGCAGCAGGGCGCCCUGUAUAUGUCCAUACUGCCUUGAAUAACGUCAAAACGCAGGAUUUGCUGGAAUAUAUGGGCCACCAGAGAUUAUCUGAAUUGUGUCAUAUCUGCAUACAUUCUUCACCUUAGGAAAGGGAGGAGGAGAGAGUCGCAGAGUAUCUCCUCUCUUUGACUUCAGUAACUCUCUGAAUGAAAGAGAAAGAAACCCAUCACACCCCCAAUCCUGGAGUUUCCUGUCCUCUCUUAUACAUAUUGGUUUUAAAAAAUAUUUCACAUAAAGUACCUUAAGCCAUAUAUCUAGAAUGGUCAACCAGCCAAGCAAUGGUCUAAAGUUAUAAUAUAAAAUUGGAAAAUACAGGUCUUACCUAAAAUAGAAGAAUGGCAAAUGAAGAUGAUGGAAUAUACGGAACUG